ACAUUAAAAUUGUCGUUUUUGGGAAUGCGUUAUUUUUUUUGGCGUUUUCCAUGAGUAACAAGAGAAAACUAAGAAUUAAUUUCUAAAUUCUUAACCAAAACAAUGUCUUCGAUAACUCAGUUGUGUCGUUUGAGUAAUUUAGUAAUAGGGAGCUACAAAACUGUUCUACACGGAAGAUCAAACUGGCUUAGCCCGAUCCAAGCAUGCUCAUACUCAAGGAAGUCUCCAGAGGAGAAGCUGGGCAUAGAGAAGCCCAAAAGACCGUUGACUCCGUUCUUCAAGUUCAUGCAACAAAUGAGGCCAGCCCUGUUGGCUAAAACUCCAGGCAUCACAUCAAAAGAGGCCAUUGCUUGGAGCUCGAAGCACUGGCAGCAGUUAGAUGCUGAGACAAAAUCACAAAUGGUGAAGGAAUAUGAGAAAGACCUGGAGGACUACAAGAAGAUUAAGGCAAUGUACGAGGCAUCUCUCACAGACCAACAGAAGCAAGACAUCAGGAGGGUUAAGGAAGAAAUGGCUACUGCUAAAGAGAAGAGGAAACUUAAAGCUGAAUACAAAGAGUUAGGUCGACCAAAAAAGCCGAUGUCUUCAUACUUCCUGUACAUGCAGACAAGAAAAGACUCAUUCCAAGGGAAACAGCUGAAAGAAUUCCAGGCCAAGGUGAAACAAGACUGGACCAAGCUGCCGGAGAGUGAACGAGUCAAGUUCGAGAAACAAGCACAGGAUUUGAUGACUAAAUAUAAAAAAGACAUCGAGGCGUGGGAGUUGAAAAUGAUAUCAAUUGGCCGUGCUGAUUUGGUCAGAACGAAACCCAUUCGACUGAGCAAAACAAAGACAGUGAAGAAGGCCCAAUAGGAACUCGGGUGCUCUGACGUCACCAUCGACUCCUCAACCACCAUUGACUUCCCUAGUGAUAAGGAUAACCAAGAUGUACAAAGUAUUAGUAAGACAUACUCUACUAGUUCAGAGAAGCCACAAACAAAUGAAGUUGUUCCCCCAAGGAAGGAAGAGUCAGGACGUCAGAGCACGGGUGAAAAGAAAUCUGAGGCACCUCAGAUGCGUCCAAAACCUAGUGACGGGAAAGAAAGUAAGACAAUCAUGAGUAGCAUUAAAAACUUCUUCAAAUUUUAGUUGUUCGUUUCUAUCAGUUGUGGCCAUCAUCAAUCAUGUCUAUUGUUUUGUUAUAAAUGAGUUGUAUGCAUUUUGAAUGUAUUAUUUGUAAGUUAAGAUUUUUAGAUGCUUCUCUCAAAACAGUAGUAAACUAUUACUAAGUACUU